AUGGACAACCGAGGUCGACAGCACCAUCGGUACUCCAACGGUCAACGAAAGGAGCUCCUAGCGGAGUUCCAUGCGUCUGACGCAACCAGCGAGCGCCAGUUCUGUCGUGCAAAGCACCUCCCGUACUCGACUUGGCAAGGCUGGCGAUCGAAGGAAGACAAGAUCAUGGCAAACAAGAGGCACAACCGCUGCGCCACGAUGGGCGGUCAGGGAGCCAAGGAGAUCAUUCCAUUCAAGGAUGACCUGUUGGCAUUCAUGCGUGGCCGACGCGACGAAGAACGCUACGUCCGCGUGUUCCACCUCAUGCAAUGGGUCAAACAGUACCAGAAGGAUUGGCUAGUGCACGACAUCGAUUUCGCCACCCAACGAGUGCUAGACGAAGUGUGGUUGGGAUACGCCGCGUCGUUUUGGAGCAAGUACGCCCAGUACGACCGAAGCCAACUGUUGAACGUCGAUGAAACCGGCGUGUACUUUGACAUGCCCCGGGGAAGACAUUGGCCGAAAUUGGCAAGUCAAGCAAGGUAG